AUGUCGAACUGGGGCUUCUUCGGCGACUACGGGAGCUGGUUCACCGCCCCCAGCAACCAAGUCACCACAACAAACGGGGGGACGCCAAAUGUAGGGACGAAUGUACCGGCGAACAUGCCGCCGAACAUGCCACCGAACAUGCCACCGAACAUGCCACCGAACAUGCCACCGAACAUGCCGCCGAACAUGCCACCGAACAUGCCGCCGAACAUGCCGCCGAACCUCGCGGAAGCCACAGCGAACAGACCCCCUGCGCAGGCAUUUUUCGAGGAUAGCUUAGACCCCCGGAUUAGGGACGGAACAAGGAGUAGUGCGAGCAGCGGAGAGAACUCUCAUGAUAAAAAUCGCCAUAAAUACAAAUUCAAGCACAACAAACAGUACAGGUCAGAUGAAAGAGAGUGGAGUGGAGUGAUUGAUGAUGGAGGUAGACAUCGCAGCAGUAGUAGUGGGAGAAGAGGGCCCGGAAGUGAUCACAGCAGCAGGGGUGGCAGAGAAAAAUACACGGAUAUGAAGGGAAAUAGGCAGGAGGAAAUGAGUAGAGGUAACAGUUGGAGAGAGUCUGGGUUAAGCGGCCAUCCGAGGGGCGCCUCCCCGAUGGGAGGUCAUCCGAGGGGCGCCUCUCCGAUGGGAUCUCAUCCGACUGGUCCCCCCCCAAGGGUCGCUUCCCCGAUGGGAGGUCAUCCGACUGGUCCCCCCCCAAGGGUCGCUUCCCCGAUGGGAGGUCAUCCGAGUGGAAGCGGCGAACAUAGCAGCGGAUUCUUUAGCAACCUCGGAUUGGGCAAUCUCUUCUCCAACAUUGAAAGUGCACCAAUUUGCAACGAAUACAAGACAGGUUAUUUCUUAGACGAGGAAGCAAAGAAGAUCCUCGGGAAGGAUGGAGAUUCUGCCAAUAAAUCCUCUUCCAAAAGGGGAAGCAAAUUUGGAGUAGGCUUGGAUGGCACAGGGAUGUUUAGCAGCGCUCCUACUGGUGCAGCCACGGAUGCAAGUGGUGCCCCGGAGGGAACACCCGUAUGUGUGGAUACAACAUAUUAUGACAUUCUAAAUGUUAAACCCACUGCCACGUCAAGUGAGAUUAAAUCGAGUUACUACAAAUUAGCCCUGAAGUGGCAUCCAGAUAAAAAUUCUGAUGAUCCUGAAGCCAAGUUGAAGUUUCAAAAAAUUAACGAAGCAUACCAGGUGUUAAGUGACUCAGAAAGGAGAGCAGAUUAUAACAGACAUGGACUGAAUGCAACGAAGGGUAUGGUUCUUAUCGAUCCAGCUCUGUUAUUUAUGAUGCUAUACAGCUCAGAUGAGUUGUCCGAUUAUAUAGGUACCUUACGUGUGGCAUUUUUUAUCAAAUUAGCAUUCGAGAGUAACAGCUCUAUUGAAGAUAUUAAUAUGCAGAGAGGGAAGAUGUUCUCCGAAAUGGAAGUAGAGCAAUCCAAGAGGGAAGUCGAGUUGGCUCUCCUUCUAAGAGAGAGGUUACAACCAUAUGUCGAUGGGGAUGUAAAAUGGGCAGAGAGAAUGGAAAAAGAGAUCACCGAUUUGCUGGACUCCUCAUUUUCAAGCUCCAUUUUAGAAUCCAUUGGAUGGACUUAUCGUAAUAGUGCUUCUUCGUUCAUUGCUGAAGUGACGACUCUGUGGGGUAUUGGAGCUGCUGUCCCGAAUAUACAGGCUCAUACACGAUCAGUUCAGAACAACUUUGGGCUAGCAACAUCCAUCAUUAGUACCUUCUUCACGAUGCAGAGGAUGGCUUCUUUGAACGAAAGGUAUGGCAACUCGGACGGCGUCGAGUGGAGAGGGGACACCAAGAUCACCGCAGAGGGGAAAGACAGCCUUGGGGAGAGUAACACUCAGAAGGAGGGUCCAGACGGGGGUGGAAGGGGGAACUUGAGUGACAACUACGGUGGAGGGUAUCCCAGUGGGGCCUAUCCGAGUGGAGCCAAUCCGAGUGCAGGCAAUUCCAGUGCAGGCCCUCCCAGUGCAGGCCAUCCCAGUGCAGGCCAUCCCAGUGGUGGCAAUCCCAGUCCAGGCUAUCCCAAUGCAGGCUAUCCCAAUGCAGGUUAUCCCAGUGCAGGCUAUCCCAGUCCAGGCUAUCCCAGUGCAGGCCAUCCCAGUCCAGGCUAUCCCAGUGCAGGCCAUCCCAGUCCAGGCUAUCCCAGUGCAGGCUAUCCCAGUGCAGGCUAUCCCAGUGCAGGCUAUUCCAGUAGGAGCCAUUCCAGUGGGAGCCAUUCCAGUGGGAGCCAUUCCAGCGGUAACUCCAAUCGGGGAAAGUUCAGCCAUAAAGUUGGCGACAAGUUUAGCAAUCUGUUUGGAGAGAAGCGGAAGGAAAAGAGAAGACACAAGAAUAGGCACAAGGAGGGGGCGAUCUCUUCAGGAGUGCCGGGUGUUGGCGGCGUUGGUGGUGCUCGCGGCUUUGGUGGCGCUCACGCCUUUGGCGGGGCUGCUGAAGCGGCGGGGCCAGCGCAUCCCCGGAGCAGCAGCAGGGAGGCGAUGCGCUGCGGCAUUCCUCAACCGCAGCAGACGCAUGAUAAUAACCCCUGGCGACCAAUGCCAGAUCGAAACAGACAAAUGGAUCGCCAAGCCAGCCUCGAGAAGAAGAGCAAGGAAGCGUUCGGCAUCAUUAUAAGAAACGUGCUGAAGGUGGUCCUGUGGGAUAUAGAGUGCACCGUGAGGAAGGUGGCGGAAAAGGUCCUGCGCGAUGAAGGGGUAUCAAUCAAAAUAAGGUUGCAAAGAGCCAAGGCGUUAAAAAUAUUGGGGAAGAUCAUGCUGAGGGUAUCCAAGACAAAGAAAGAUAUGAGCGACUCAAACGAAUUCGACGUGAACAAGCUUUUCGAGUCAAUCAUUUUGAAGGCCGUGGAGAAGGCGGCGGCGGAGGAGGCCGCGUCGAGAGGCGAGCACGAGAGCGUCUUUAAGCGGGAGGCCCCUUAG